GGUGACAGCAGGGACAUGUCUCGGGAGAUGCAGGACGUGGACCUCGCUGAGGUGAAACCUUUGGUGGAGAAAGGGGAGACCAUCACUGGCCUCCUGCAAGAGUUUGAUGUUCAGGAGCAGGACAUCGAGACUUUGCAUGGCUCCAUUCACGUCACACUGUGUGGGACCCCCAAGGGGAACCGACCCGUCAUCCUCACGUACCACGACAUUGGCAUGAACCACAAAACCUGCUAUAACCCCCUCUUCAACUCUGAGGACAUGCAGGAGAUAACCCAGCACUUUGCUGUCUGCCACGUGGAUGCCCCCGGCCAGCAGGACAGUGCUGCGUCCUUCCCCACGGGGUACAUGUACCCCUCCAUGGACCAGCUGGCGGAAAUGCUGCCCGGAGUCCUUCAACAGUUUGGACUGAAAAGCAUCAUUGGCAUGGGAACCGGAGCGGGUGCCUACAUCCUCACUCGAUUUGCUCUGAACAACCCCGAGAUGGUGGAGGGUCUCGUCCUCAUUAACGUGAACCCUUGUGCGGAAGGCUGGAUGGACUGGGCCGCCUCCAAGAUCUCCGGAUGGACCCAAGCCCUUCCAGACAUGGUGAUGUCUCACCUCUUCGGGAAGGAGGAAAUGCAGAAUAACGUGGAGGUGGUCCACACCUGCCGCCAGCACAUCGUGAACGACAUGAACCCCGGCAACCUGCACCUGUUCAUCAACGUCUACAACAGCCGGCGGGACCUGGAGAUUGAGCGGCCGAUGCCCGGAACCCACACGGUCACCCUGCAGUGUCCUGCUUUGUUGGUGGUUGGGGACAGUUCUCCUGCUGUGGACGCUGUGGUGGAGUGCAACUCGAAACUGGACCCAACGAAGACCACUCUUCUCAAGAUGGCGGAUUGUGGCGGCCUCCCACAGAUCUCCCAGCCGGCCAAGCUUGCCGAGGCCUUCAAGUACUUUGUGCAGGGCAUGGGAUACAUGCCCUCCGCCAGCAUGACGCGCCUGAUGAGGUCCCGCACAGCCUCGGGCUCCAGCGUCACGUCCCUGGAGGGCGCCCGCAGCCGCUCCCACACCAGCGAGGGCGCCCGGCUGGACAUCGUCCCCAACUCCGGCGGCCCCGGGAGCAGCGCAGGGCCCAACUCCACGGAGGUGUCCUGCUAG